AUGGAGCUUAUUCUCCCCUUCCUCCUCCUUGCACUCCUUGCAAGCCUCUCGCUUGCCCAUGCCAAUGGCGACGGCGGCAACACGACGACGUACAUCGUGUUCAUGGACCCGGCGCGCAUGCCUGCCGUGCACCGGACACCGGCGCACUGGCACGCGGCGCACCUCGAGUCCCUGUCCGUCGACCCGGCCCGCCACUUGCUGUACUCCUACUCCGCCUCCACGCACGGAUUCGCGGCGGCGCUGCUACCGAGCCAUUUGCCCCUGCUCCGCGGCAGCCCCGAGGUGCUCCAGGUCGUGCCGGACGAGGUGUUCCAGCUCCAGACCACGCGCUCCCUGGAGUUCUUGGGCUUUCUCACGCCGGCCUACCAGCCCGCCAUCGGCAAUCUGGAGGCGGCCACACACGACGUGGUCAUAGGGGUUCUUGACACCGGCGUAUGGACGGAGUCGCCGAGCUUCGCGGGCGGCAACCUGCCGCCACCGCCCGCGCGGUGGAAGGGGGUGUGCGAGGCUGGCGUGGAUUUCCCGCCGAGCUUGUGCGGGAGGAAGCUGGUGGGUGCGCGUAGCUUCUCGCGCGGCCUCCGUGCCGCAAACGGCGGCGCAAUAGGCGUGGGGAAGAGGAUGUUUAGGUCGGCCCGGGACAGGGAUGGGCACGGCACGCACACGGCGUCCACGGUGGCCGGUGCGGUGGUGGCGAACGCAAGCCUGCUCGGGUACGCCACGGGGACGGCGUGCGGGAUGGCGCCCGGGGCGCGCGUGGCCGCGUACAAGCCAGCAUUGACGCCGCUGUCGCUGUCCCUCGGCGGCGGCUCAGCGUCGUACUUCCGGGAUACCGUAGUGGUGGGCGCCUUUGGCACCGCGGCGGCAGGUGUGUUUGUCUCUUGCUCCGCCGGAAACUCCGGCCCAUCCGGCGCCACCGUCUCAAACUCCGCUCCGUGGGUCGCCACCGUCGGCACUGGUUCACUCGACCGAGAUUUCCCGGCAUACGUCACGCUCCCCACAGGCGCGCGCCUGGCCGUCGUGUCCCUCUACGCUGGGCCUUCUCCCUCCCCACGCCCCGCCAUGCUCCCACUACUCUACGGCGGCGGGCGUGACAACGCCAGCAAGCUCUGCCUCUCUGGGACGCUCGACCCGGCCGCCGUGCGCGGCAAAAUAGUUCUCUGCGACCGCGGCGUCAACGCGCGCGUGGAGAAGGACGCCAGCGCCGGCAUGAUAUUGUCCAACACGGCGGCCAGCGGAGAGGAGCUCGUGGCGGAUAGCCACCUGCUCCCCGCGGUUGCGGUGGGGCGGAUGGUGGGUGAUAAGAUACGGGAGUACGCGGCGCGCGGCGGCGGCAGGCCCAUGGCAAUGCUGAGCUUCGGCGGCACGGUUCUUGGCGUCCGGCCGUCUCCAGUCGUGGUGGCGUUCAGCUCCCGCGGCCCCAACACCGUCAUGCCGGAGAUGUUGAAGCCGGACAUGAUCGGCCCGGGGGUAAACAUCCUGGCCGCUUGGACCGGUGUCGCUGGACCGACCGGACUCGCCAAAGACAGCCGCCGGACUCACUUCAACAUCAUCUCAGGGACAUCGAUGUCAUGCCCUCACAUUAGUGGAGUGGCUGCGCUCAUGAAGGCUGCUCACCCUGACUGGAGCCCUGCGGCCAUCAAGUUUGCACUAAUGACCACCGCAUACACCGUCGACAACACAAAUUCCUCUCUCCAGGAUGCUGCGGACGGUUCACCUGCAAACGCGAUUGCUUAUGGCGCUGGCCAUGUUGACCCGCAGAGGGCGCUUUCUCCGGGCCUCGUGUACAACAUCUCUACAAAUGACUAUGCUGCCUUCCUCUGCUCCCUGAACUACAGCGCUCCGCACAUCCAAAUGAUCAUCAAGACGUCCAACGUCUCCUGCCUGAAGAAAUUCUGCCCCGGUGACCUCAACUACCCAUCCUUCUUGGUGGUGUUCAAUCAGAAAUCAAAGCGGGUCCAGAGGUUCAGAAGGGAGCUAACCAAUGUUGGCCCCGCGACUUCGGUUUACAACGUGAAGGUGAUCAGCCCUGAGUCCGUUGCUGUCACGGUGGCACCGGCGAAACUCACGUUCAAGAAGGCGGGGCAGAAGCUCAGGUACCAUGUCACCUUUGCGUCCAAGGCUGGGCAAGGCCACGUGAAACCGGAUUUCGGGUGGAUAUCCUGGGUGAACGAUGAACACGUCGUUCGCAGCCCGGUCACGGAUACAUGGAAGAUGUGA